AUGGCCGGUUUUGCUCCUCCCCGUCCUCCCACGGACCGAUACAACUCGGUUGAGGACUAUCACAAUCAUGUCUCGGUGCAAACCUCCAAUGACACACUUGACGAAGGCGACCAUCACAACGAGAAGCAACCCAUGUCGCCCAAUCGCCAUGACGACAUGACACAGCUCAACGACGACCUCGAGCUUCUCCGCGCCGAGCAGCUCAUCUCCAACCAGGAACACGACCUUGAAUUGCAAAGGUCGCGCUCUCGCAACCGCACACACCACCCCGUACCCGAAGACGCCUUCAACCAGCUCGACACGACCCAUGGCCCAGAGAAGAAACGCAACGAGGACGCCAGCCUUUACAAGCUUUGGGCCUUUUUGAAGAAGUUCCCCCGCUUCAUCCGUUACUUUGUCUACAUGCUGCCCGUUGCCCUGCUCCUCCUGCUGCCCGUGCUACUGGGUGCCUUUGCCGUCGACAAGAGGCGCCACGCCGUGGGCGGAAAUGGUGGUGUUGAUUUGAUGUGGUUUGGCAUCUGGCUCGAAAUUGUGUGGUGCUCUCUCUGGGUGUCUCGAAUGGUUACCAAUUUGCUGCCUCCCAUCAUGCAGGCCGUCUGCAAGAUGGGUGGCUCAACCACCCCGAAAAAGUGGAAGGAUGUCGGGUCUCAACUGGAGCUGCAUGCUGCCAUGUUUCUCUGGUUCCUGGCCAUUCUCAUCUCCUUCAAACCCACCACGGCGCAGAAAAGAGUUGAACCCAUCGGUGGCGCUGAUAAGGCUGACUCGCAAAAAUGGAUCGACAUUGUCAACAAGGUCAUUAUUGCCCUUUUUGUCCUCUUUACACUCAAUUUCAUUGAGAAGAUUAUUCUCCAGUGGAUCGCCACCUCGUUUCACCAGCGCACCUACGCCACCCGCAUUGAGAACAACAAGGGCGACAUCCGGCAGAUUGUCCAGCUGUUUGAGCAUGCCAAGUCCAAGCUCGAAGACACCGACACGUUUCUCAAGGGCGAGAAUCCGCGCGUUAGCGGCACACAGACGCCAAUGCGCAUUUUUCAUGAAAACGCCCGCAACGUCCUGGGCAAGGUCGGCUACGUCGCCGGCAAGGUCGGUAACGACUUGAUUGGCCGCAAGGUCAAUGGCAACCAGCCACGCAAGGUCGUCACCGAGUUGCUGCGCAACACGACCUCUGCCUAUACGCUGGCGCGCCUCAUCUAUCGUAGUUUGGUCCGCCCGGACCGAGAUACCGUUCACAUGGAGGACAUUCGAGAAGUCUUCGCCACCGACGAGGAAGCCGAUGCCGCUUUCAUGGUGUUUGACAAGGAUCUCAAUGGCGACAUUUCUUGCCAAGAGUUUGAGCAGGUUUGCAAUGAAAUUCACCUCGAGAAGAAGGCCAUUGCUGCCUCGCUCAAGGAUCUUGACUCUGUUAUCCGAAAGCUUGACAAGGUCUUUCUUUUCAUCAUUGUCAUCAUCUCCAUCAUUGUCUUCAUUUCCAUCCUGUCAGGCUCUGCCGCCGCAGGCCUUGCCUCAGCUAGUACUUCUGUUCUUGGUCUUGCUUGGGUGCUUCAAGCCACGGCGCAAGAGUUUCUCCAGUCCAUCAUUUUCGUCUUUGUCAAGCAUCCGUUCGAUGUUGGCGAUCGUGUGACGAUUUACGGCUCCACAGGUGACAAAAUGACUGGUGACGACUACUACGUCACCGAAAUUUCGCUCCUGUAUACCGAAUUCAAGAAGAUGCAAGGCCACAUUGUGCAGGCCCCCAACUCUGUGCUCAACAACCUCUUCAUUUUAAACCAGAGACGGUCCAACGGUCUCGCGGACCCUGUUCCUCUGAUUAUGCGUUUUGGUACUCCAGUCGAGAAAAUCGACGAGCUCAAGGACCGCAUGCGCAGCUUUUGCCUCCAGAACAAGCGCGACUACCAGGCUACUAUUAUUUCGGAAAUGGUAUCCAUCGAUCAAUUGCGCUCAUGCACGAUGAACAUCAUCUUCUUCCACAAAACCAACUUUCAGAACGAACUCCUGCGUCUCAACCGCCACAACAGAUUUGUCACGGAGCUUAUGGCCCAGAUGAUUGAGGUCGGAAUCCAGGCUCCCAUGCGCAUCGAACCCGGUGGUAGCCGCGACACCCCCAUGUACUGGUCCAACAUGCCGGCCCCUCCCGCCUACGGCAAGGAACACGAGGGUGAGAACCCUAGCGGUGACGACCGUCCUAAGCCGUCUUUGGGGCCGCAUCGCAAGAUGUCCAUCCAGAGAUCGCACAGUACUCAGCGUGAAAUGACCAUUAUGGAGGAAGAGGCUGCUCUAACCAGUUUCGGCGAUGUCUUUGAAAGCCGCCGUGACCAGACCCUCGCACGCAGAAUGGCGUCGAUUCGCGAAAAAGAAAAGGCUGAAAAGGCAUCAGAGGGUGCCGAGGCGGAACCGCGCGGGUCGACGACGUCGGCGGCGGUUCACAGAUCCUCAACAGAAUCGCACCGAGCGCGUCUGUUUUCGCAAACAGAGCUCAGGUCCUGCUCAGAGCGCGCGAUGCCAGCGGCAGGCCUCGCCACAGACCUCCCGGACGGCUGGGAGUGGGACUAUGACGGCACGCGCUGGUUCUACACCUUCAAAGCCAAUGGCCACGUACAGUACCAUUUCCCCUCGGACGGCGACGAGUUCCCCGACUUUGUGGGCGUUGUCCCGGCGGCGCUUGAGCCUGAGGAGCGGCUCGCCUCGCACCAGCAGGUGAAACGUGCGACCGGCGCCCCUCCGGAAAGGAAGAAGAAGAAUAGUAAAGAUGGUAGGGGCAACAGGAUGACGGCGACGACGCCGCGCCCGGUGGGUAUCGAAUGGGACGGGGAUGUAGGCGCGGGGAGCAGUGAGGAGGAGGAGGAGGAGGAGGAGGGAGAGGGGGUUGGGAGUCGAGUGGUGUUUGAGCCAGAGAAUCUCAUGUUUCUAGGACCGCAGACGUAUGCGGAGGUGAGCCCGCUGAUUGAGGAGGAGGAGGAAGCGGCGAAGAGAACGGUGGUAGGGGAUGAAGAGGCGGUGGUGAGCCCGGCGAAGACGAUGGAAAAGGACACGCCGGCAACGAGUAGCACGGAGGAAGGAAGCAAGGAGGUGAAGAACAAGAAGCCGCUGGCAAAGAAAGAGGAAUCUGUGGUAGCUCAGGAAGCGAAAUCAGCCGAGGAACUUACAAAGUCACUGGCAACGCAGCAGUCAGCUUGUGCAGCAGAUCCUACCGCGCAGCAAGAUCCAUCUCUCGACAGAGAAGCGGCCGCGCCGUCAUCAGCACUGCCGACCACAUCACCGCCGCCGGGCUCGACGCACGCCUCGGCCGUCGAGCUACCCGUUCCCAAACCGCCGCCGUUCAACCCCGUCGGCAUCAUUGCCGAGAUGCCCACCGGGGAUACACCACGAUCGCACAUUGAGCUGAAUCCGAUCCCCGUGGAGAUCAUGGAUGCCUCGGUACUGGCGCCCAUCGAGACGGCACCGUCAUUGGGUGUUGCUGAGCUGUCGGGGCAGGGCAGGGCUCCGGCGGCCGCAGUGGUGAAGCAGAAGCAGCAGAUACAGAAAGGCGUUGGUAUAACCAGACUACCACCAAUGCAGAUGAAGAUUAAGAGGAAGCCGACGGAUCCCAACGCCUCGAUCCCCUCGCCCAUGUCGGCGUCGUCUUCGGCUCUCAUAUCUCCGUCUGCCGUCUCUCAGCUCUCUGUCGCCUCGUCACCGCCCGCGUCCCUGCCGGCGCCUGUUGCGACGCAGUACAAGCCGUGGACGCCAGUGUCGCCGCUGCUGCGCGCGGACACGGAGCCCGCUGUGCCGCGUCCUGCCAUGAUGACGGCGCAGCAGCAGCGCGCAAUGACGGCGCCGCCGUCGCCCGUGGCGAAUCCGCAUCUAAGCCAUGCGCCAUCGGUGCUACGGCCGGCGGGCCGGCAGUCGCGUCAGUCGACGAGCGUGUCACCGGAGCGCAAGGGUGGCGGAAGCGAGACGAGAAAUGGCGGAAGCAGAAUAUCAACAGCUCCGGCGGAAGAACCUGUGCAGAGUGGGACAGUGAGGGGAGCAUCGCCGCAGAAUGUGUCGGCGCCCGGUACGCUGGAGGGGCAGAUGCGACCACUGGGACAAGCACAGCCUCCGAAUUCGACAUCCCAGCGAGGAGAAAUGACGGCACGGCCACAUAUGCAGUUGCAGGGACAAGGGCCACCGCAGGAAGUAUCGUCACAGCCGAUCCAAACACCCCAGCCAGUCCAGAUGCCGACGGGGCAGAUGCCGCCGGGCCAGAUGCCGCCGGGCCAGAUGCCGCCGGGCCAGAUGCCGCCGGGCCAGAUGCCACUACAAGACCAUCGUCGACCUGUGAGCAUGGCGCCUGGCCAGCACCCUCCUGUGCCGAUACCACAGCCCUACAACCAGUACCACAACCAGCCUCACCGAAUCAGCCAGCAUCCCGGACCACCGUGGCUAGCUUCCGGCCAGCCGGUCCCGAGUCCAAGCCCCAUGACACCACCCGUGCAGCAGCAACCACCGCCGGGUUGGAUGAGGCAAUCAAUGCCCCCGGUAUAUCCUACUGGACAGCAACUACCCAACGGUAGGCACUCCCUGGUGGCUCAAGGUGAAUCAAGAUUGGUUCCUUUGGGCAGCCACUACCACCCAGCUCCAUCUUCAACAUCGACCCCGAGUGAGCCACCCGCGGGCCAAAGCCGCCGUCGAUCAUCCACAGCGGACUCUUUAACUGUGUCUCCUCUCAGGCCGAGAGCUGAUAGUCAGCCGCUGGGGCUUGUGCUGCCGUCGCCCUCUCCCAUGGAAACGCCACAAGCGCCUGGCGCGGCGUCCGUCCCGCAUGAGCAUCCGACGCCAGGUAGCGCCAAAGUCGGCACGGGUCCAGAUAUAGGUCAUGGUAGGAGUAAACCGACGACUGAUUCGUACUUUCCAUCCAGCAAGGAGCGUUCCGCUGGCCUUGUUGGUGACAUUGCAGACCAGUUCGCGGCGGAAAUGCAGGCUAUCUUAGGACCUGGCUCGGAGGCUUCCGAUGCCACCCCGGCUACCAACACUGCAGCGGCAAAGCCCGAGCCCAGGGGCUUGGUCGGAGCACCGUCCCUGGGCACUGGAAAGAUGCUUCACCGCAUUGAAGAGCAUCAAGCUGGUAAUACACCCAUAUCUGCGAGCUCGACGCAGGAUUUGAGGCCCAGCUCAGUGGCUACGGACUUGACCCUGAGUACCUUGCAAUCUACUGCGUCUCAGCCGCAGCCAUCAGCGCCCUUGCAACAGACUUCACCAAAUAACAUGUUACAGGCCUCUCAAGGCAUCAAGCCAGCGAUCAAUAGAAAGCCCGCACCUCAUUCGCACGGCGCCCAAGCAGGCAUGCCAUUGCCAGGACAGAUUAGGCCGCCCGGCCUCGGACCUCAAGGUUCGAUACUUGGGCAAGGCGUUGCGCCGCAGCAUCAAUGGCAAAGCAGCAUGCAGCAGUCAACGCAGCGGCCUCUAUCUGUGCCACCGCAGACUCAUGUGCAGCCGAGCAAGAGCAAGGAAAACAAGUGGACGAAGUGGUUCAAGAGUUCCAAGCCGGAAAAGAAACUGAGCACCUCGCAAAUCGGGAUGCCGCAGCAGCUGCAGCAUUCCCCUCAAGGCUGGAUGCAGCCGCAGCAGUGGCAGCCAGGAGCCCCGAUCCCGGGUCAUGCCUUUCAACAUCAUUCAAUGCAGGGACAGCCGACACAAUGGCAAGCUCAAGGACAGCCUGCUCCAGGACAAUCUAUCACAGGACAGUCUACCCAUGGGCAACCCAUGCAGAGCACUCUCAUGGCCCGUCCCAUGUCGCUGCAGCGUAUGCCAAUGAACGCCCAUCCGCCGCAUCAAAUAUUUCCAGGGCAGGGCAACGGUCCAACGCCUAGGGCGAUGGAGCAGCAAGGUCCACUCGGGUCACACUCGCCUCAGCAGUACAUGCCACUCCAGCCAGGCCAGCCCAUGCAGAUGAGGCAGCCUUUCGGUGCUCCAAACCAGCAGAUGAGGCCUGGAGGACCUGUGAUGCAGAUGCAACCUCCAGGUCUAGCAGGAUCGCCAGCACAAACAACGCCAUUACAGCACUUGCAGAAAUCAUUACAAAAUAGCGCCUUGUCCUCGCAACAGACGGGGCAGCUGGCACCACAGUCGGAAGGGCCGACGGCAUCCCCCAUGACAAACCAUCUCAUGCCGGCACCUCUUUCCUUAAGACCGAAAUCCGAGGUUCCAGCUGGAAUACCAGGUAGUGCGCUAUCAAGCUAG